AGAAAUUGUGUCGUAGCAUGUCAAUAUUGAAUAUAUUUCUGUUAUCCUUCUUCUGGUUUCAAUCCCAAUAUUGCUAUGCAAAUUAUAACAUAACAUCGUCCCAAGCCUUAUCUCAAACACAAACUCUAGUCUCCUCUAACCAAAUUUUUGAGUUAGGCUUCUUCAAUCCAACUAAUUCUUCAGAUCAUUAUGUGGGCAUCUGGUACAAGGGAACUUCACCCCUUACUGUUGUAUGGGUGGCUAACAGAGAGAAUCCGCUUAAAAACGCAGACUAUGCAACGGCAAGUCUAACGAUUGGCAAUAAUGGAAAUCUGGAGCUUGUGAGUGGUAAGAACAAGUCUGUGACCUGGUCAACUAAUAUUCAUGUUCGAUCAAAUAGUUCAGUAGCAGCUCUUUCAGAUGAUGGUAACUUGGUUUUGAAAGAUGGCAUAUCAGGAGAAAGCUUGUGGCAGAGCUUCCACCAUCCAGGGAACACAUUCUUACCUGGAGAGAAUUAUAAUCUCAAAACUGGAGAGAAUUAUGUGUUGACCUCUUGGAAGAGUGACAGUGAUCCAUCGCCUGGUAAUUUCACCGUUGGAAUCUCGAAACAGGCACCGCCACAAGUUUUCAUUUGGAUCAAUGAAACAACACCUCACUGGAGAAGUGGGCCAUGGGACAAAUCCAGGUUCAUUGGAGUACCUGAGUCGGCUAAUUUAUAUUCAAGUUCAAUUAAUCUUCAAAGUGACUUUGACAAGGGAACAAUUUUUUUGUAUUUCUAUAUGUUCAACAAAUCCAAUCUCGCAAAUAUGUUUGUUUCACCGCAAGGUCUUUUGAAACAUAUCUUCAAAGACAAUGCCGACGACACUUGGAAAACUGUAUGGGAGGGACCAAAAAGUCGAUGCGACUUAUACGGAACUUGCGGGGCUUUUGGAGUAUGCAAAACAUUUGAAUCUCCAAUUUGCAAGUGUUUAAAUGGGUUUGUACCAAAAUCAUACCAAGAGUGGACGAGUGAAAAUUGGAGAGGAGGGUGCAAGAGAAGAACCAACUUACACUGUGAGAAAAACAAUAGUAGCCAAUCUUCAAAUGGAGGAAAAGCUGAUGGAUUUUACAAGAUGAGUAUGCUAAAACUACCAGACUUGUAUACGUAUGUGGACAUUAAUGAAGCCAGUAAUUGCCACACAUGGUGCCUGAAUAAUUGUUCUUGCGUAGCUUAUGCUUAUGUGAAUGGAAUAGGCUGUUUGGUUUGGUCAGAAGGUCUUAUUGACAUUCAGGGCUUUUCCUCUGGUGGGGAGGAUCUUUUUAUUCGCCUUGCACAAAUUGAACUUGUUGGAGGACAGAAAACCAGGAAGAUUGUCAUCAUCCUCACAGUUAUUUCUGGUUGUGCCCUUCUUGUUGCUGUUGUUUUCAUAUUUCAAAGAUGGAGAACUAACCACACAACUGGAAUAGCAGGGCCCAUUAAGGAGAUCCUAAAGAAAUUUGGUUUGGCUAAGAUAGGUGAGGCUCUAGUACCCAAUCUUCAAAGUGCCAAACAACAAGAUCCAUCUGAGUUAAGUGUUUUGGAAUUGGAUAGCGUUUUAGCUGCUACAAACCAUUUCAACAUCACAAACAAACUCGGGCAAGGAGGGUUCGGUUCUGUUUACAAGGGAAAAUUACCAGAUGGAAGGGAAAUAGCAGUCAAAAGAUUGUCAAGUAGCUCGGGUCAAGGCAUAGAAGAGCUUAAGAAUGAGAUGAUUUUGAUCUCUAAACUUCAACACAGAAAUCUUGUCAAGCUCUUAGGUUGCUGCAUUGAAGAAGAAGAGAAGUUACUAAUUUAUGAGUUUAUGCCCAACAGAAGCUUGGACACUUUUAUCUUCGAUCCAAGUAAAAGUGCACAGAUCAGUUGGGCUACACGCUUUAAAAUUAUUCAUGGAGUUGCUAGAGGCCUUGUAUAUCUUCAUCGUGAUUCGUCUUUAAGGGUGAUACAUCGAGAUUUGAAAGUUAGCAAUAUUCUCUUAGACGAAAAUAUGAACCCAAAAAUUUCAGACUUCGGACUGGCACGGAUUUUUCAAGGGACAAUGGAUCAAGUAAACACUCGAAGGGUAGUCGGAACAUUAGGCUACAUGUCUCCAGAAUAUGCCAUGAGCGGGAUAUUUUCUGAAAAAUCUGAUGUAUUUAGCUUUGGUGUACUGCUAUUAGAGAUAAUCAGUGGGAGGAAGAUUUCCAACUUCCACUACUAUGACCAAGACCUAAGCCUUAUUGCUCACGCAUGGCGACUGUGGAAUGAAAGUAGAGGACUAGACUUGGUUGAUGAAGCAGUGGCGGAGUCAUACUCUGCACCAGAAGCAAUAAGGUGCAUACAUAUUGGUUUGUUAUGUGUACAAGAUCACGCCGCUGAUAGACCAACAAUGCUGGAUGUGGUUUCCAUGUUGAUCAACGAAACAUAUCGUCCUCAACCUAAACAACCCUUCUUUACUUGCCAGCGUCAGCCACAAACCGGAAUUAGCUCCGCGAAUGAAGCCACCGUAUCAUUAUUUGAAGGCCGAAGCUUUGAGCAUCCUGGGGACACAUUCUUACCAGGAGCAGAGUUGGGUCGUAAUGUCAAAACUGGGGAGAGUUUUGUGUUGACUUCGUGGAAUAGCAAUAGUGAUCCUUCAGUUGGAGAUUUCACUUUUGGAGUUUCCAAAACGAAACCACCAGAAGUUUCCAUUUGGAUAAACGGAUCGAAGGUACUAUGGAGAAGUGGACCAUGGGCUAAAAUUAAGUUCACGGGUAUACCAGACAUGGAUCCAAAUUAUGGAAGUCCUUCCAAUCUCGUAGAAGAAGCAGAAGAAGGAACGAUACGUCUCCGUUUUAAUUGGGACUACAACAACUCGGCUGUGGGAAUAAUUUUCAUCACAUCUACAGGUGUUCUAACACUUGAGGCAAAAGAAAUAGAUAAAGGCAACGACUGGUAUACGGACUGGGUGGCACCAGCGACUCGCUGCGAUGUCUAUGGAGUUUGUGGACCUUUUGGGGUAUGCAACGAGUCUGUGUCUCCCAUUUGCAAGUGUUUGAAGGGUUUUGAACCAAAAUCAUUUGAAGAGUGGAGCAAAGGAAAUUGGACUGGAGGGUGCCUGAGACGGAACCAAUUAAGUUGUGACAAAAACACCACUGGUUUAGCCUCACAAAGAGGUAAAAACGAUGGAUUUUGGAAGAUAGGUAAUGUGAAACUUCCCGAGUUAUAUGAAUAUGAGAUUGACUAUUCUGAUAAGGAGAGCUGUCAAAACUGGUGCCUGAAUAAUUGCUCUUGCAUAGCUUAUGCAUAUGUAGAAGGAAUAGGGUGUUUAGUCUGGUACAAAGGCCUGAUUGACAUUAGUCCCUAUGAUGCAGAAGACCUUUUCCUUCGCCUUGCUGACGCAGAAAUAGAUGGAGGAGCAGGACAUAAAGUUAAGAAGAUUAUCAUCAGCCUUGCAACUCUUUCUACUGUUGGGACAAUAGCAGUCAUAGUAUUAUGUUUGCAGAGACGGAGAGAUAGAAAAAAGGGAAACACUAUGGAGACCACAGAGCACAUUGACUUUGGCACCAUUUUACAUGUGACAAACAACUUCAGCCCAACGAACAAACUUGGGCAAGGAGGAUUUGGUUCUGUUUACAAGGGAAAAUGUCCGGAUGGGAGGGAAAUAGCAGUUAAAAAACUCUCUAGUAGCUCAGGGCAAGGCACAGAAGAAUUCAAGAAUGAGUUGAUAUUGAUCUCAAAACUCCAACACAGAAAUCUUGUUAGGCUCUUGGGCUACUGCAUUGAGAAAGAAGAGAAAUUACUAGUUUAUGAGUUCAUGCAAAAUAAAAGCCUGGACAAUUUCAUCUUUGAUCCAAGAGGAAGAGAACAGCUGAACUGGGGUACUCGGGUGAACAUCAUACUAGGAGUUGCUAGAGGUCUUUUAUAUCUCCAUCGUGACUCAUCUUCAAGAGUGAUACACAGAGAUUUAAAGGCCAGCAACAUUCUUUUAGAUGAGAAGAUGAACCCAAAGAUAUCAGACUUUGGAUUGGCUCGCAUUUUCGAAGGAACACUGGAUCUCGCAAAUACUCAAGGGGUUGUUGGAACUUUAGGCUACAUGUCUCCUGAAUAUGCCAUGGGUGGAGUCUUUUCAGAAAAAUCAGAUGUCUUUAGCUUUGGCGUAUUGAUCUUAGAGAUAGUUAGCGGCAAGAAGAACUCUAACUUCCAUUAUUAUGAGAAACCUCUUAGCCUUAUUGCUCAUUCCGUUCGCCAGAAAUUGUGUCGUAGCAUGUCAAUAUUGAAUAUAUUUCUGUUAUCCUUCUUCUGGUUUCAAUCCCAAUAUUGCUAUGCAAAUUAUAACAUAACAUCGUCCCAAGCCUUAUCUCAAACACAAACUCUAGUCUCCUCUAACCAAAUUUUUGAGUUAGGCUUCUUCAAUCCAACUAAUUCUUCAGAUCAUUAUGUGGGCAUCUGGUACAAGGGAACUUCACCCCUUACUGUUGUAUGGGUGGCUAACAGAGAGAAUCCGCUUAAAAACGCAGACUAUGCAACGGCAAGUCUAACGAUUGGCAAUAAUGGAAAUCUGGAGCUUGUGAGUGGUAAGAACAAGUCUGUGACCUGGUCAACUAAUAUUCAUGUUCGAUCAAAUAGUUCAGUAGCAGCUCUUUCAGAUGAUGGUAACUUGGUUUUGAAAGAUGGCAUAUCAGGAGAAAGCUUGUGGCAGAGCUUCCACCAUCCAGGGAACACAUUCUUACCUGGAGAGAAUUAUAAUCUCAAAACUGGAGAGAAUUAUGUGUUGACCUCUUGGAAGAGUGACAGUGAUCCAUCGCCUGGUAAUUUCACCGUUGGAAUCUCGAAACAGGCACCGCCACAAGUUUUCAUUUGGAUCAAUGAAACAACACCUCACUGGAGAAGUGGGCCAUGGGACAAAUCCAGGUUCAUUGGAGUACCUGAGUCGGCUAAUUUAUAUUCAAGUUCAAUUAAUCUUCAAAGUGACUUUGACAAGGGAACAAUUUUUUUGUAUUUCUAUAUGUUCAACAAAUCCAAUCUCGCAAAUAUGUUUGUUUCACCGCAAGGUCUUUUGAAACAUAUCUUCAAAGACAAUGCCGACGACACUUGGAAAACUGUAUGGGAGGGACCAAAAAGUCGAUGCGACUUAUACGGAACUUGCGGGGCUUUUGGAGUAUGCAAAACAUUUGAAUCUCCAAUUUGCAAGUGUUUAAAUGGGUUUGUACCAAAAUCAUACCAAGAGUGGACGAGUGAAAAUUGGAGAGGAGGGUGCAAGAGAAGAACCAACUUACACUGUGAGAAAAACAAUAGUAGCCAAUCUUCAAAUGGAGGAAAAGCUGAUGGAUUUUACAAGAUGAGUAUGCUAAAACUACCAGACUUGUAUACGUAUGUGGACAUUAAUGAAGCCAGUAAUUGCCACACAUGGUGCCUGAAUAAUUGUUCUUGCGUAGCUUAUGCUUAUGUGAAUGGAAUAGGCUGUUUGGUUUGGUCAGAAGGUCUUAUUGACAUUCAGGGCUUUUCCUCUGGUGGGGAGGAUCUUUUUAUUCGCCUUGCACAAAUUGAACUUGUUGGAGGACAGAAAACCAGGAAGAUUGUCAUCAUCCUCACAGUUAUUUCUGGUUGUGCCCUUCUUGUUGCUGUUGUUUUCAUAUUUCAAAGAUGGAGAACUAACCACACAACUGGAAUAGCAGGGCCCAUUAAGGAGAUCCUAAAGAAAUUUGGUUUGGCUAAGAUAGGUGAGGCUCUAGUACCCAAUCUUCAAAGUGCCAAACAACAAGAUCCAUCUGAGUUAAGUGUUUUGGAAUUGGAUAGCGUUUUAGCUGCUACAAACCAUUUCAACAUCACAAACAAACUCGGGCAAGGAGGGUUCGGUUCUGUUUACAAGGGAAAAUUACCAGAUGGAAGGGAAAUAGCAGUCAAAAGAUUGUCAAGUAGCUCGGGUCAAGGCAUAGAAGAGCUUAAGAAUGAGAUGAUUUUGAUCUCUAAACUUCAACACAGAAAUCUUGUCAAGCUCUUAGGUUGCUGCAUUGAAGAAGAAGAGAAGUUACUAAUUUAUGAGUUUAUGCCCAACAGAAGCUUGGACACUUUUAUCUUCGAUCCAAGUAAAAGUGCACAGAUCAGUUGGGCUACACGCUUUAAAAUUAUUCAUGGAGUUGCUAGAGGCCUUGUAUAUCUUCAUCGUGAUUCGUCUUUAAGGGUGAUACAUCGAGAUUUGAAAGUUAGCAAUAUUCUCUUAGACGAAAAUAUGAACCCAAAAAUUUCAGACUUCGGACUGGCACGGAUUUUUCAAGGGACAAUGGAUCAAGUAAACACUCGAAGGGUAGUCGGAACAUUAGGCUACAUGUCUCCAGAAUAUGCCAUGAGCGGGAUAUUUUCUGAAAAAUCUGAUGUAUUUAGCUUUGGUGUACUGCUAUUAGAGAUAAUCAGUGGGAGGAAGAUUUCCAACUUCCACUACUAUGACCAAGACCUAAGCCUUAUUGCUCACGCAUGGCGACUGUGGAAUGAAAGUAGAGGACUAGACUUGGUUGAUGAAGCAGUGGCGGAGUCAUACUCUGCACCAGAAGCAAUAAGGUGCAUACAUAUUGGUUUGUUAUGUGUACAAGAUCACGCCGCUGAUAGACCAACAAUGCUGGAUGUGGUUUCCAUGUUGAUCAACGAAACAUAUCGUCCUCAACCUAAACAACCCUUCUUUACUUGCCAGCGUCAGCCACAAACCGGAAUUAGCUCCGCGAAUGAAGCCACCGUAUCAUUAUUUGAAGGCCGAUGAGUCACUCCUUCGUUUAAGUAAAUUUUGCAAAUUCAUGCUUUUAUCUAUAAACUCUGACAGUUGACAACAGAGUUACUGUGUCAGCUGAAUAGUAUUUGAUACUAAAGCAAGAACGGUAAAGAAAUCUCAAUCUAUUUGGACAGA